AGGCGGGACGGGGAGGCUCGCCCACAAAGGGACGGAGAGCGCGGGACACAAGCUGUGGGCGAAGGGCUUCGCGUGGCCAGCGAGGAGUGGGACCCUUGGCCAGGCGCACCCGGGGUUGCAUCCGAGGCGCGGAUUAACUGCAGGGGGGAGAAUCGCCCAAGGCGCUCAGAGCUCCGGACCUCCUUGGCGAGAAAACAUGUGGAUCCUUCUUCCUCUUUGUGGGGUCUUCAUAGCAAGCUCAACCGCAGAGUCCCCCAAGGAUCAGCCUCCCGACCCCUUCGAAUAUGAUUACUAUUCGUUGAGAGUUGGAGGCUUGGUGUUUGCAGUUGUCCUGUUUCUGCUGGGCAUCCUCAUUAUCCUUAGCCGGCGCUGUCGCUGCAAGUUUAACCAGCAGCAAAGGACUGGAGAACCGGUCGAAGAGGAAGGAACUCUGCGGAGCUCAAUCCGGCGUUUAUCCACAAGGAUGAGAUAGAAGACAUUGGAACUGGUAGCUGCAUCCGUUAUUUUCCUGGAUCUGGAGCACCCCCUCUUUUGUUCCGCUUGGCCUUGGUCCUCCCAACCCCAUUGCUUGCCACAACUCCAGUGAAUUCCAGAACUGGUUGCCUCUGGGAUCAUCCCAACCCAAGCAAGCCCCACCAAGGCCUUCUCCUUCUGUUUUGGCUUGCUGUUUGAAGUCCACUGCCUCUCCGAGAGGGAGGGCAGCCUUCUAACCAUUGGCCUUCAACCAAGUUCUAGUGACCAUGUGGGAUUCUAACUCAUGAGCUCAGCUCAAGCUGCUUUACAGUAGAGCCCUGUCUGAGCCCUUCUCUUUUAAAAAGUUCUCCUUGGGCUUCUGGAAAUAAAAGUCCCUUGAGUCAAGCUUCUUCUCCUGGUAGCUGCAUCCGUGCAGUUCUUUCGGCAGCUUUAGAGAAGUGGUUUGCUGUCGCUUGUGGCUCAAGUUUUUCAAUCUAGUAUAUUCUCCUCAGUUUCACAGAUGGUUCCUCCCUGUUCAGAACUAACCAUGAUUGUUACCACGAGAUCAAUUUGGGGCUCCCACCAAAGCAAUAGUUCUAAAAACAAUGAAUAGUGAGAGAUCCUGAUUUUUUCCUUAUCACCAAAGAAAAGCACACAUGAGCUUCAUCCAGCAUAAGGUGCUAUUUCAUUGGUGUUUUCUAUUGUUAAUAAUUGUGCCAUUUGAGAUGGCACAGCCAAUCUGAAUUGUAUUCAUAGAAGGGGACAAGCCUGGGAGGGAUAGACAACUUCCCCAAACCAUGCUUUUCCCUCUGUGUCUUUCCUGUGGAUGGAUGGAUGAUUGGUGAAUUGAUCAUAAAUGUGCAAAGAAAUGGAGGUAGGAUUGAAAUCUGUGUUCAUUAGCAAGGGUUUUUUUUAGCCAUAGUUCUAUUAGUUCUGAAAACAGGAUUUUAGGGUGCACAGUUGGCUUUUAAAAGUAGGAAGGAGAAUUUGCCCGCUGAGGAUGAUAAGAGUUUGGUGGUUCUCCCCAUUUCAAGAGGGUAAUCUUAUCAGUUUGUUCUGACAACCCAACCAUUGGGCAAAGAGGUAGAUGUUAUUCUAGCUUCCCUAUACAAGUAUGGGAGAAGACAAGGAGUGGAAAUGGAAGCGGAAAGGAAUGGAAAGAGCAAAUGGGAAAGAAGACAAGGAGGACAUUAGGAUUACCUUCCCAAGAUACCUUGAUUAUUAGUUUCCAGCCCAGCAUGACCAAAUGCAUUCAAUGAAUGCCAGGAGAAGGAGGUCUAUAGCAGAGUUUCUUGAUCUUAAACACACGUUUAAGAUGUGUGGACUUCAACUCCCGGAGUUCCCCAGCUAGCAUGAUGGCUGAGGAAUUCUGGGAGUUGAAGUCCAUGUAUCUUAAAAUUGCCAAGGCUGAGAAACAUGGGGCUACAGGAAUGGGGAAGCUAAUUGGAAGUACAAGAACUUCAGUAUUGGAUUUAUUUAAUAAGC